UCUGAAACCACUAAGCAGCUUAUUACCUCCCUGGUUAUCUCUCGCCUUGACUAUUGUAACUCCCUCCUCAUUGGCCGACCUCAUCACUCAUCCACCUCACUAACUGUUCCCUCUCUGCCAAUCCCUCCACUCAGUGUCCUCCAUCCCUCUCUGCCAAUCUCUCCACUGACCUCCACUCAGUGUCCUCCACCUCUCUGCGCCAAUCCCUCCACUGACCUCCACUCAUUGUCCUCCAUUCCUCUCUGCCAAUCCCUCCACAGGCCUCCACUCAGUGUCCUCCAUUCCUCUCUGCCAAUCCCUCCACUGGCCUCCACUCAGUGUCCUCCACCUCUCUCUGCCAAUCCCUCCACAGGCCUCCACUCAGUGUCCUCCACCCCUCUCUGCCAAUCCCUCCACAGGCCUCCACUCAGUGUCCUCCAUUCCUCUCUGCCAAUCCCUCCACUGGCCUCCACUCAGUGUCCUCCGCCCCUCUCUGCCAAUCCCUCCACUGGCUUC